UUUGCCUCUAUGAUCCCUCAGUCCUCAGUGCUUGUGGAACACAAAGGUUUUUGUACCUGGUGAGCAGAAGAAAGACUUAUGGCUGACAAUAUACAAACCUGCUGGUGUUUACCCUCUGAAGAACACUGAACACUUUAAAGAUGUUUCAUGUGGUAUAAGCAGCUCAGACCAACACUAUGAGUGCUGACACACCCAACAGACUGGAUCUGGACCCAGAUUACCAUGCAGAACUGGCUGACAUGGUAGCAGCCAUGAAUGUGGCUGCCAACAGGCAGACCCCACCCAAUGGCUAUAGAACCACACCGCAUCGAUUCAGUCUCUCAGAUCGCAAGCUGUCCUUGCAGGAGCGAUCGAGUUACCAGAGCAGCACUAACCCAAGGACAGCCAGGAGACCCACUAUUGAAUCCAAGCGGGUGUCUAUCUCUGAUGGAGAUGACUGUGUUCAGCUCAACCAAUAUAAACUGAAGAAUCAGAUAGGAAAGGGUUCGUACGGUGUGGUGAAAUUAGCAUAUAAUGAAGAUGACGACCAGUACUAUGCUAUGAAGCUGGUAUCCAAAAAGAAGCUAAUGAAGCAGUUUGGAUUCACAAGGCGUCCUCCUUCCAGAGAAUCUAACGGAUCACAAGAAAACCUUUUAAAACCUUUCGGCCUGGACCGAAUGUAUCAAGAAAUUGCCAUCUUGAAGAAACUUGACCAUCUUAAUGUUGUUAAAUUAGUUGAGGUUCUUGAUGACCCUGCUGAGGAUAACUUGCACUUAGUCUUUGAUUUGGUACCUAAAGGUCCGAUAAUGGAGGUCCCUACUGACAAUCCCCUAUCAGAGGACAUGGCCCGUUACUACUUCAGAGAUGUCAUUUUAGGAAUUGAAUAUUUACACUACCAGAAAAUCAUUCACAGAGACAUCAAACCCUCAAAUCUAUUGCUGGGGGAUGAUGGGCAUAUAAAGAUAGCAGAUUUUGGUGUCAGUAAUGAGUUUGAGGGUAAUGAUGCUCUCCUGUCAAAUAGUGCGGGUACUCCAGCCUUCAUGGCGCCUGAAACUCUGAUUGAUCAGGAGCAGAGAUUUAGUGGAAAGGCUUUAGAUGUAUGGGCAAUGGGAGUAACAUUAUACUGUUUUGUCUUUGGAAAGUGUCCCUUUCAUGAUGAUUACAUCUUAGGCCUUCACGAGAAGAUCAGGACAAUGCCAGUGGAGUUUCCAGACAAGCCUGUGAUCAGUGAAGGACUGAGUGAGCUCAUCCUCAAAAUGCUGGAUAAACUCCCUGAAACUAGAAUCACAAUACCUGAAAUAAAGUUGCACCCGUGGGUAACACUUGAUGGUACUGAUCCGUUACCCCUGGAGGAGGAACAUUGCACCGUUGUGGAGGUGACAGCAGAAGAAGUCCAGAACUCGGUCAAGCUUGUUCCCAGUCUGUCUGCUGUGAUCCUUGUAAAAUCCAUGUUGCGAAAGCGCUCUUUCAGUAAUCCAUUUGAGGGUCGCAGGCAGGGCAGGUCUAUGUCGGCCCCUGGAGGUCUCUCCUUGGAUAUGUCACUAUUUCGCCCUUUAAGCAGGGGAAGUAACAGUGUUGGCAGCAGAGAAGGAGAACUGGAAAAUCUUAUUGAGGAUGAAACGUUUUCAUGAGUUUGCAGUACUUAUAAACCGGACCGAUUGUUUGAUAUUAGACGAAUGUUUCUAUGUGUAUUCGCAAUGGAUUAUUUCUUGCAUAUAUUUUCCUGUGUUAACUUUUCAAUUCUAUAAACAUGGACAACUUUUGGAGCACCUUUAACAGGGUCAUGAACUGGCCUAUUUUAAUAUUGUGUACUUUUUUCUGCUGUCCACUAAUAGCGAAGGUUUUUACCUAAAAAAAAGUCAUAAUAAGUAAUAGGCUUUUAUUCUACCCUGUUUUUGUGGGUGUGCUGCAUGGAAGACUUGGAAGUAACCGCCCACUGCUAUUAUUGGGUAACAGUGUUGUAUACUGUGUGAAAUGUGAAAAGUUUCAACCCCCUGUCUGUGCAUGUGUGGAAUGACACAUUGUAUUUAUUUAUCACAUUAAGGUCUUUUGCAUGAUGUCAUAGUCACACACUUUUCAAAACAAGCUGUAUGGUUUAAAGAAAAGCUGUUUUUGAAAUUAAAGGAUAUUUUUAUGAGAUUUGGAAUUCUCAGUUCACGACCCCUUUAAUAAUAACAUGCAGUAUGUAAUAUAAGCAUGUGUAAAAUGUAGCUUACAACUGUUGUAUAUUUAUGCAUUUAAGGUUGCAUUUUAGUGCCAAAUGUAAAGUCUGUAAUGUAAAAACUGUUUAUAGAUUUACAGAAUUGUGUGAGUUUGUGCUAAUGACAGAAAAGCUGGCAUAUGAUGGCAACACA